AUGCCGUCCAACCUUGAGACGCCACAGAAGCUAAAGCGUGAAUUACCGCGCCUUAGUACAUAAUUAUGUGGAAGACAAACUCUAAGAAGUAAUGUGGAAGCAUCCACUACGAAUGAAUAUUUUCGUAGGUCUAUAUUUUUUAUUCCAUUUCUGGACCAUUUCAUAGAAGAGCUACAAUCAAGGUUUUGCGAUAGAUUGGCAGAAGGUAUUCCAUUAGAAGGAUUAAUUCCUGCAAAAUCUUCAAAAUAUCAUGUAGACGAAAUUAUUAAAGCAGCUAUGUUCUAUGAAUACGACAUAAAUGUUAGUGAUAAUCAGCUUAAGGCUGAAAUAAUGAUGUGUCAUAGAAGAUGGGAAAACGAAACAACUAUUAUUCGUCCUUGUACAGCAGUGGAAGCAUUAAUGUACUGCACCGAUUUUUUUCCGCUAAUCAGGAUCCUUUUAAUCAUCUUUGCCACACUUCCUGUCACAACUGCAACACCUGAGAGGAGUUUCUCAACAAGCAAACGCCUUAAAACGUAUCUACGUUCAACUAUGUUGCAGGAAACAUUUAGUUGCUUGGCAUUGUUGAAUGUUCACAAAGAAAUUGACAUUAAUCAUGAGAAAAUCAAUAAAAAAUUUGCGUCUAUGAAGCCAAAGCGUAUGCAGCUAAAAGACUGGUCAGCAACUAACUACUAA